GGGUUCAUUUGAAUUUGAAUUUGAAUUCAGUGCGACUUUCGCAGGAUUGCCGGCUCUGUCAGUCAUUCCGUCAAUGUCUCUGCGGCUAUCCAAAGGUGUCUUGUCCAGAGGCCUUUGGCUGACUUCUUAGCGUUCUCGUUCCCAUUCUCGUUUGCGUUUUGUGACAGGAUCCUUCGUCUCCUUGGUGCAAUUUGUAUAAUGAGCAUUUGGCACACAACUCCUUUGACUUUCAGCACCUCAUUGUGCCCAUUGACUGGUGGCAUCUGGAUUUUAUUGUGGCCAUGAAAGACGUUCUUCGCAUCCUCCUUCUGGGUUAUUAAUUUGAUUUUAUUAACACUGCUCAGUGCAAUUUAAGUUUCAAUCUUAAGCGUUCUAAAUAUUUAGAAGAAAAUUAAAAAUUACAAAUUUACACAUUUUAACAUUGCAGUGAAAACGUAAAUAUAUUCUUUAUAAUAAUAAAACGUAGCAACGAAUAAUAAAAUAUCGCAGCUUAACUUUUAGCUGUCCUUCACGCCUCAAAACGGCUGUUAAUUAUUUUCCAUUUCAAUAAUCUGUUUAACUACCCGACAUGUAUUAAAUAAUAAUUUUAUAUAAACAGAAUAGGUAUUAAAAACUAUUCAACUCUAAAUCAUGAAAACAAUUAAACAUUGGUUAAAUUAAAUGGCAGUUUUGAGCAAAUGUGCUGUCUGGUGUAUUUUUAAAGGGUACAUUUAUUUUGCACCAUCAUUUAAGAUCCAAAGGCCAUGUCGAACGUGUUGAAAAUAGUUAUUAUCCUAGCUACAUUUAUAUUGACAUGGAGAUUCAGUUAUUCUGUCACCUAUAAACUUACAAAUGUGAAUUGCGCUAGCCACAACAAAUCAUGGGUUACAAUUAAUGAGUGUCGCUUGAAGGCUAUCAAUCGAAAUAGAACCGUUUUCAACUUUAAUGCAACCUUUCAUCAUCCGACUAAUGAUGUAGUAGUGGACUAUAGAUUCCUAAAAAGGGAAAACGGAUAUAAGCCAUGGUUGUACAAAAAGAGUGUCGACGGAUGCCGAUUUAUAAAAAAACCCUAUGAUAUGUUGUCAAUAUUGAUAUAUAUGGUUUUCAAGCCCUUUUCAAACAUCAAUCACACUUGCCCGUACUAUGGAGACAUUUUAAUAAGAGGAAUGUAUCUCAGAACUGAAAUUAAGGCAAUGCCGUAUCCAUCCGGAAAAUAUAUGCUGCAGAUAAACUGGAAAUUCUAUCAGAAACUUCAGUUCGUAACCAAUAUUAGUUACGACUUUAUUGAAAAUUUGUUAUAAUGCAUAUUAUUUAUUUGCAAUUAUUAAAAUAUCUUAACAAAAAUGUAAUGUGAUGUAAAUUUGGAAUGCAAUUGUAUUUUGUAUUUAAUAUAUCCGUUUAAAUGUUGAAUAAUUCAUAGACACAUGUGUACAUUUCAAUUACAAAUAAUAAUAAAUUAUUAUGAAUAAU